AUGUGCUUCGGGUGCUCCACCCACAACGCGGCCAGCCUGGGCCUGCGCUUCUAUUACGACCAGGAGCACGAUGAGGCCGUGAGCUUCUUCAGCGCCUCCUCGGCCCACUCCAGCUUCCCGGGCGUGGUCCACGGAGGCAUCAUCUCCGUCCUUGCCGAUGAGGUCGCCUACUGGGCUCUUCAACUUCAGGCGAAGCGGCCAGCCCUCACCACGCGGCUGGACGUGCGGUACCUCCGACCGGCUCGUGUGGGGAGCACCCUGGAGGUUCGCGCCAAAGCCAAGCCCGCUGAGGCCAAGCAGGCAACCGUGGCGGUCCGGGUGCUGGACGAGAAGCAGCAGGUGUGCGCCCAGGCCACGGUCACCUACGCUCUGGUGGCCCAGGCCGCCAUGAAGGCGGUGCUCGGUCCUGUCGUGGAGACCUACUCCCGGUGGGCUCAGGAGACGACGCCUCAGUGA